AUGUCAUUAUUCGAGAAGAUCACCACACCAAACGGCAAAUCCAUUGAGCAGCCAUUGGGCCUGUUCAUAAACAACGAAUGGGUGAAAACCGAUUCCACCAUCGACGCCAUCGAUCCUUCCACUGGUAAGAAGAUUACUGCGGUCUACGCAGCCAGUGAGAAGGACGUCGAUGCAGCUGUUGCGGCUGCGGUUGAAGCGUUUGAGAAUGAGUCUUGGACCGGCCUCACCGGCUCUGAGAGAGGUGACUAUAUCUACAAGAUCGCAGAGAUCAUCAAGAGGGAUGCCGAGCUGCUGGCCUCUAUUGAGUCCUACGACAACGGUAAGCCAUACGAGGCCGAAGCUCUGGCUGGUGAUAUCGUUGAGGCUUACGAGGUGUUCAAAUACUACGCUGGGUUUGCUGACAAGAUUCACGGCCAGUUCAUUGGUGCUGAGGUUCUUGGAAAAAAUAAAAUGUGCUUUACUGACCCAACUCCAUUGGGGGCAGUGGCCUCAAUCAUUCCAUGGAACUUCCCAUUCAUGAUGAUGGCAUGGAAAAUUGCUCCUGCGCUUGCUACUGGCAACACCGUGGUGUUGAAAACCUCGGAGAUCACUCCGCUAUCAGCUUUGCACCUGGGUAAAAUUGUUUUGGAGGCAGGUCUUCCAAAAGGUGUUGUGAAUAUUGUUUCUGGAUACGGCAAAGAUGCCGGAAACCACUUGGCUUCCCACCCAGAUAUCAGCAAGGUUGCCUUCACUGGAUCGACUGCUACAGGUCAGAAGAUUAUGGAAGCUGCUGCCAAAUCCAACCUUAAAAACGUCACCCUGGAAUGUGGAGGAAAAUCGCCCUACAUUGUGUUCGCAGAUUCAGAUCUGGACAAGGCUAUUGAGUGGGGAUUCAGUGGUAUCUUCUAUAACAAGGGAGAGGUUUGCACUUCCACCUCCAGAUUCUUUAUCGAGGAGUCUAUCUAUGACGAGUUUUUGGAGAAGUUUGUCAAGUUCACCAAGGAAAACUCCAAGGUCAGCCAACCAUUUGAGAAAGGCUGCACGAUUGGCCCUCUCGUGUCAUCUCUGCAAUACGAAAAGGUGAAGAAAUAUGUGGAAAUUGGCCAAAAAGAGGGAGCCAAGCUUCUAACAGGAAAGUUCCACGAAGGAGAGGGAUACUUCUGUGACCCAUUUAUUUUUGCUGACUGUACAGAUGACAUGACUAUUUGCAAAGAGGAAAUCUUUGGUCCUGUCGUUGCCAUCACGAAGUUCAAGGACACAGCAGAGGUUAUCAAGAGAGCCAAUAACACCACGUAUGGUCUUGCGGCUGCUCUGUUCACCAACAAUAUCACUAAGGCUCACAAAGUGGCCAACAAGCUCCAAGCCGGUAUGGUGUUUAUCAACUCGAACGGUGACUCAGACAUACACGUUCCUUUCGGUGGUGUUAAAAUGAGUGGUAUCGGAAGGGAACUGGGCACCUACGCUCUUGAUCUUUACACCACCCACAAAGCCAUUCAUGUGAACCUGGCUCUGGAAGACUGA